UGUUUUGACGUAGUAGGGGUCGGUUGAGGGAACAGGGGGGCCCGUCCGCUGCCAUGACCAUCUGCCACUUCUUCCUGCAGGGCCGCUGCCGCUUCGGCGAGAGGUGCUGGAACGAACAUCCCCGCGGCGGGGGGCGCUCGGGCCCGGCCGCGCCGCCCUCCCAGGGUACUGGCAGAGGAGGAUGGGGUGCCCAUAACCAGAGAUACAGCAAUGUUGUCCAACCUUCUAAUUUCUCUAAACCCACUACAUGGGGUGGCAGCAGAGAUGACGGAAAGGCAUUUUUUGGACCCUCUAUUGACUCUGGAGGUGGCAAUAAAAGUUCAGGAUUUUCUCAAAACAGAUUCUCUGCAUUAAGCUCUGAGCAAAAUAUUGGCAAUAGCUACAGAGAUGAAGAGGAGAAGCUUCUCGAAGGCAUAAUAAAGGACAUGGAAGUCUGGGAAUCUUCAGGACAGUGGAUGUUUUCCUGUUACUCACCUAUGAAAGAAAAACCGAACAUCUCAGGUUUUCCAGACUUCUCACCAGAAGAGUUGCAUCUUGAAUACUAUAACUGCAGAGCAAACAAUAAUAUUCAGAACUAUAUGAAUUCAGUCCAGCAAUUAGUAAACCAAUGGAGAAAUAGAUUGCUUGAGUUGAAGACUCUAAAUACAUCUACCAAAGCAGCAUUGGUAUCUGAACUGAAAAAUGUGGUUAGUCAACCAUUGCCUGCCUUUGGAUUUGGUGGACAACAAACAUCAACCUUUGGGUCAUCAGGCUUUCCACUAAGCAGCAGCAGCAAUAGGAGUGCCAGCAGUUCUUCCUUUAAAUCAAAUACUGAACUUGUUAAUGCAUCCUCUGGAAGCACCACUGCAUUUGGAAGCUCUUCUAUUGUUCCGGACCCUUCAGCAUUGGGUGUGACCUCUUCCUCAAGAUCAGCCCCUUCCAUUGGCUUUGGUAGCCAACCAGCUUCAUCUGCAGCCUCUUUUUCAUUUAAAAAGCCUGAAACGGCAGGUGGUUUUGGAACUUCUGGAUUUUCAGGGUUUGGCAGUUCCUCUGCUGUAAACUUGUCAAGCACAACCCCACUUCCAGCCUUUGGAGCUGUUAAUGCAGCAGUUGCUGCCCCUGCCUCAGAAUCAGGCAACUCUUUAUUUGGACAGUCUGUUAGUGCCUUUGGAUAUAAUGUAGCACCAGCACCUCCUGCAGCCACAAGCAUUGUUACUUCAGAUAAGUUAUUCACACCAAAGACUGAUCUAUCACCUGAGGAGUUGAAGCAGUUUGAAGCAAAGAAGUUUACGCUAGGAAAGAUUCCUCUAAAGCCACCACCAAUAGAGCUUUUAAAUGUUUGAAACUAACAUGUACAGUGAGCAAAUUCUGAAAUUAAACUUUUACAGAAUGUUUUUAAUUUUCUGUAAGUAGGCAACUUGACACUUUAACAAUUCAAAUAUGUAAUUUUGAGGUUUGGCACUGAACUAUAUACUUCUUGUGAGUUAAAUUUUAAUUUCCUUUAAGGCUGCUCCAGGAAAGUAGGAUCCCAAUUGUAAAUAUUCUUUGUUUGCUUUGGAAGAGUCUUUAAACCCAAGAAGUUUACAAUUGAAAAUAAAGUUUUUAUAGUAAAUUAACAAAAUA